AUGCCUCCCACCUCGCCUUUCGCACCUCGCCAUCUCCUUUCGAUUGCCGACUUGACGCCUGUCGAAUUCACUGCUCUCGUUCGCAAUGCAUCUUCGCACAAACGGGCCAUCAAAUCUGGCACAAUGCCCCAGAACUUGAUGGGUUCGUUGUCCGGACAGACUGUGGCCAUGAUCUUCAGCAAGCGGAGUACUCGCACCAGAAUCUCGACGGAGGGCGCCGUUGUGCAGAUGGGUGGCCAUCCGAUGUUCCUGGGCAAGGAUGAUAUUCAGCUUGGUGUCAAUGAGUCACUCUACGACACAUCUGUGGUGGUUUCGUCUAUGGUUUCGUGUAUUGUAGCCCGGGUCAACAAACACUCCGAUGUUGCGGAUCUUGCGAAGCACUCGACUUCACCUGUGAUUAACGCCCUCUGCGACUCGUACCACCCAUUACAAGCCAUUGCCGACUUUCAGACUAUUUACGAGAGUUUCCCGUCCAAGGGCCACAACCUGUCUAGCUUAGGAUUGGAGGGAUUGAAGAUUGCGUGGGUUGGAGACGCAAACAACGUCUUGUUUGAUAUGGCCAUUGGUGCAGCAAAAUUGGGUGUGGACAUUGCCGUCGCUACACCCAAGGGUUAUGAGAUUCCUCCUCACAUGCUAGAGAUCAUCAAGAAGGCCGGCGAGGGUGCCCCCAAUGCUGGAAAACUGACCCAGACCAACGUUCCUGAGGAGGCUGUUAAGGAUGCGGACGUGCUGGUGACGGAUACCUGGGUGUCAAUGGGACAGGAAUCUGAGAAGAUCCAGAAGAUCAAGGAGUUCGAGGGCUUCCAAAUUACUGCGGACCUUGCGAAACGGGGCGGUGCCAAGGAACACUGGAAGUUCAUGCACUGCCUGCCCCGCCACCCUGAAGAAGUCGCCGAUGAGGUCUUCUACAGCAACCGGUCGUUGGUCUUCCCUGAAGCUGAGAACCGACUGUGGGCUGCCAUUUCUGCACUUGAAGGCUUCGUGGUCAACAAGGGCAAAAUUGAGUGA